GGUUCAAUGUGCUGUGCCGACAACGCUGCAAAGAAAGAGAGGUUGCAUCUGACGCUGCAUUUCAUAGAACGUAAAUUGAUCCUACUUUCAAGGUCUCUUGGGCUUGUAGGUAGUUCCCCGCUCAAAAUAAUAACAAGCACUUCUACACAGUGUUGAAAGCCCAAGAUUCAAGAUUUCAGUUAUUCAGUAUCAGUUAUCAGUUUAGUUACUCUGCGUAGGCUUGUGUUUGAUUGCAUUAUCGUUUUACGGUUCAGUAAAAACUGUUUGUAAAUAUGAAUUCGGAUAAACCGCCAGCAUAUUCAGACAAUAUGGGCUUCAGUGGUCCUCCAUACCAACAAUUAAUGAACGAACCUGUUGUGCCUCAAAACUCACAGAUGCAAAAUUUUAACCCGUAUGGUAACAUGCCGCAGAUGCCAAGCCCCAUCAUAAUCACCCCCAUGCAACCACCCGUUAUGCAACCAGGUACCACUGUGAAUGUGAAUACUGGACCUGUUGAAAAACGUUAUUGCUGCUCCUGUUGCUGCACAUGUUUCUGGAUAAUUGUUGUAAUCUUACUCUUGGCUGGUCUUUCCCGAACCAUCCAAUAAGAAAACAUUUUAUUUUCUGAUUAUUCCUUAUUGAGCUCGACUUAUUCACUAUGUAUUACAAUUUCAAUUCUAGCUGAAGGAUUUGUGUUGGAAAAUAAACGAUAAAUCAUGACGAA